CCAUCCCGGAAGUGAUUCGCGGAGCCAAAAUGGCGCAGAGUUGGUGCGAGGCAGCGGAAGAAGCUGAUGUCGGUUAACGGGAGAAACGAGAGAAACGGAACGGUUCAGUUCUCACAUUCGUGAAGCGACCGCGCGGAGGUCUCUGGGGAGCAGCUAGAGGAGCCGAGCCGCCGCCCCGGUCCCGGUAGAUGGUGGGGAUGGCGGAGCGUCGAGUGGAGUCCACGUGGAAGAGACAUGUCUCGGAGCAGCUGAAGCUCAGAGACCGAGUGCAGAGACAAGCCUUCGAGGAGAUUGUCCACCAGUAUAACCGUCUGCUGGAGAAGUCUGACCUACAGACUGUCCUCUCAGAGAGGUACCAGACAGACAAAUAUGACGUCCAAAGAGGACAUGAGGCCAGCCCGGUGGACUCCAGUCGCAGUGACGUCCUUCAGCAGGAAAUGUCCCAGAUGAGGAUCAAACAUCAGGAGGAGCUGACGGAGCUUCACAAGAAACGAGGAGAGCUCGCUCAGAGUGUGAUCGAGCUGAACAACCUGAUCCAACAGAAAGACAAGGAGAUCCAGAGCAACGAGGCCAGGAUGUUGGAGUACCAGCAGCAGAUCACCAGUCUGGAGGGAGACUGUCGGGAUCUGAGGAAUUACCUGCAGGACCUGGAAAGAGCGAACCAGACGCUGAAGGACGAGUACGACGCCCUCCAGAUCACGUUCUCUGCUCUGGAGGAGAAGCUGAGGAAAACCACAGAGGACAACCAGGAGCUGGUGUCCCGCUGGAUGGCUGAGAAAGCUCAGGAGGCCAACAAGCUCAACGCCGAGAACGAGAAGGACACCAGGCGCAGACAGGCCAAACUGCAGAAGGAGCUAGCGGACGCUGCUAAAGAGCCGCUACCACUCGACCCUGACGAUGACAUCGAGGUUCUAGCGGAGGACGGAGGCAAAGGUGGAGGAGAGACGUCCCCCAGCCGGCCACUCAGCAGGACCCCCAGUAAGAAAGUGUCCCAGCCUCCUCCCGGGGGUCUACUGGACUCCAUCUCCAACAUAUUUGGCAGGCGUCGAGCCAACAACUCUUUCAGCUCGUCUCCGGAGGCCAGCGAGACGCCGUCAGGACCCUGUGCCGAGGUCCGAGUCCCGUCCACAGCGCUCCACGUCUUCGAAGCUCAUGAUGGGGAGGUCAACGCUGUGAAGUUCAGCCCCGGCUCCCGUCUCCUAGCAACAGGAGGGAUGGACCGCAGGGUGAAGCUGUGGGAGGUCAUCGCUGGUGACUGCUGACAAACAGGAAGUGACAUCACAGGAAAUAACACAAACAUUACGUCCAUCGACUUCCUCCCAACAGGCUCCUUCCUCCUCGCCUCCUCUAAUGACUUUGCCAGUCGUAUCUGGACGGUGGACGACUUCAGGCUGAGGCACACCCUGACAGGACACAGUGGGAAGGUCCUGUCCGCUCGCUUCCUGUUGGACAACACUCGCAUCGUCUCCGGCAGCUACGACCGGACCCUGAAGCUCUGGGACCUUCGCAGCAAAGUCUGUAUGAAGACAGUCUUCGCUGGCUCCAGUUGUAAUGACAUCGUCUGCACAGAACAGUGCGUCAUGAGUGGACACUUUGACAAGAAAGUUCGCUUCUGGGACAUCAGAGCGGAGAGCAUCGUCCGGGAGUUGGAGCUCUUGGGUCGCGUGACGUCUCUGGACCUGAACCACGACCGUAGUGAACUGUUGACGUGUUCCAGAGACGACGUGGUGAAAAUCAUCGACCUGAGAACCAACGCAGUGCGACAGACGUUCAGUGCUCAAGGCUUCAAGUGCGGCGCCGACUGGACCCGAGUCACCUACAGUCCCGACGGCUGCUACGUGGCUGGAGGCUCCGCUGACGGAGCCCUGUACGUCUGGAACGUCCUGACGGGCAAAGUGGACCGGACUCUGGACCGGAACCACAACUCUGCCAUCAACUCGGUGUCCUGGUCGCCUUCGGGCGCGUACGUCGCCAGCGUGGAGAAGGGCAGCCGGGCCAUCCUCUGGUCCGACAUGUGACUGGUCCUGGCUGGAGCUGGGUGGGCAGAGCCAGGCCGUCCUCUUCAUCACGGUGAUGAUGAGGAGGAGGAGGAGGAGGACGAGGACGGACCGUGGGACGUCGUGGGACAGGGGGACGUCGUGGGACAGGGGGACGUCGUGGGACAGGGAGACGUCCUGGGACAGGGGGACGUCCUGGGUCUGGACUCUACGAGCUGCUGCUUGGUCACGUUUUAUGUGUUUGGCUUCAGGAGCUUUUAAUGUUGUUCAGUGACGUUUAACGGUGACGGACGUUGACGCCGUUUUAUCAGGAGACAACGCAGCAGAUGGAGAAAAACCUUCUGCACGUGGAGAAAAGAACUCGUCUGGUUCAUCAACAUGAUUUAAUCUGUUUGCACAUGAGAACAAGACUUUGACAGACAUGAGACGUGUCUGGAUCUGGAGGAGACGAACUAAUGAUGAAAAUAAAAGGUUUCUCUGAACUCUGA